AGUAGAAGACUGUCUUGUGUCUCUUAGUAUGGUGGGCAGAUUUAAAAAGUGUCAGACAUUCUCAGGUUUCCUCCAUGGAGUUUUCCUGCUGCUUACCUUAUCUGCAAAUUGCAACAGUGAUCUCCUUCAUCAGACCAAAGCAAUGCUACGUGAAAUGCAGCAAGAGGCAGAAGAGCUUUUUAAUGAAUCUUUCACAGAACAUGACAUUCCUGAGGAUGACUGUAGAAGACCCUACCCAAACACUACUGAUUCACAUAAAAAAAGUGUAAUUCACAGAAUAAAUGAAAGUCUACUUUAUUUCAGCAAAGCCUUUGAUGUGCUGUUGGGCAGACAUGACGUGUCUGAAUACGAGCAUACAGUGAUUCUAACUAAAGAAAGGAUGAAAAUUAAAGGACUCCGCUCAAAUCUGUUAACACUUUUAAAGCAAUAUAAUGAUUCACUGGAGAACAUGCUUGAUCCACAUAUGUGUAAAAUGCUGAAGACUAAAUUUCGCCUUCCUAACAGUGAAGACAUUUAUGGACAGAAGUUAGAAUGCUGUCAGCUGAUAAAUGUUUACAUUGAUUUCCUGAAAGUUAUCCAUAAAAUAGUUUUGAAACUUCCAUCUAGACGAUUAAGAAAACAUUUUUUCACCAAUUAUAUGUUAAUCUAAGUCUUCUACAUUGACCAUCUACUUGUAUUCCAUGGAAUGACAAAAAGAUGAACCACCAACCAACAACAUUUCCACUAACUUUUGCAAAGAUAUGAGGUUGGCAUCAUUCCAGACCACCAGUCUUGUAACAUCCUUUUUUACCAGCAUAUUCAUCAAGCACUCAAUUCUCUUAAAAUGUUUGAGAAAUAUACAUUUGCACAGUCUAUGAAGAUUGCAACAACAUCAUUUUGUGCAAUAUGCCAUAAAAGUUGUUACACCUGCAGUCACGCAUAAAAAAAAAAAGCUGAAACCGCCCAAAACUAAAGUUUCAUACUUUAGAUUUUCUAUGAGCCUGUAUACUUCUCACUCUGCUAUGCUAGGAGAUUGAUCGGAAACUGCGAACACUAAUCCGGGAAAUUAAUAUAAAAGUAAACCGGACAUUGUCAUUCUGCAGGAUUCUUUUUUUACAUGUUCCUGAAACAGUCUUGUACAAAUCCUUUACAGAACACAGAGUUUAAUCUUCUGCUGAUGUUCCAUUUUUGGCUGGGGAUCUGCUGAGAGGAUGGGGCAUAGGAGGCAAUCGUAGUGAUCUACUGAAGACAGAGAAGAGGGACACGUGAGGAAGUGGAAAUAUGGCUGAGCUUCUGGGACAAAGAGAGAGCUUUCUUUAUAUUUCAAAGGAAUGGAGGAGAUUAAAGGAGGAAGUGAAGGGAUAAAAAAAAAUAAAAAUUGUGCAUUUUAUAUGUUUAGUGUUUCUUUUACACACUGAUGCAUGCUUGUGGUAUAUGAAACAAAGUAGAUACCUCCGGCAUGUGCAGGUCACUCUCAAUAGACAGUAUGGAGCCAGACAAGGAUAUUUUAUUUAAACUUGAAUAUUCAUAACCCAUGUUUUUGAAGCUAUGCAAAUCCUUUGAUCGAAAUAAGUCUUGCAAGGCAUAGGUUUAGGAUGCAGUUAUAACAGCAGAGAGUUGCUCCCAGCAUUUUCUUUAUAAGUCAUGCUAAGGAGGAACUAAAUGAGGAUGAAUCAAUAGCAAAAUAUACUGUUUGUCAGUAGAAAACAGCAGUUUGUCUCUACCUCUGGGCCUCUACGGACCACCCAUUUGUGUCUUGAUUUAUAGAUGUUACAUGUGAGGUUUAUCAUGUUACAACACUUUUCACAAUACAUAAUUCUUGCAUACAGGGAUAUAAUAAUACACUGACAUUUGCCAUUUCCCAAAAAAUCAUUCCUAUUUAAAUCUAUACAACUGGACCUCAGCAGAGUGAAAAAUGCUGCUCUGGAAUGUCACUGAGUUUUACAGUAUUACUAUACUGACAACUGGUUAUAAAGUUUGUAGGCUUUUUUUUUUUAUAUCGGUUAUUAACCAUUGCUUAAAUAAUAAUUUAGCAAUACAACUAAUUGUUGUAUUUAUUACACUAUUUGAGAUAACCCUCAGGCUAUAUUCACACGUCAGUGAAACAUGCCCUUUUUUUUUAACGCCCGUUGCGCAUCCGUUUUAAGAAAAUGUUCUUUUGUUUGUUUUCAUGGACUGAAAGUCCCAAUACAGUUGAAUGGGUGCAAAUUUAACAUCCCUUACUCAAAAAGGCAGUAAUGAAAAAAAUGUCUGUUAAAAACGGACUAUUUUACCAUUUUUAAUGGACGUUUUUUUCACUGUCGUGUGAUGGUAGCCUUAGACAUAAUGAUUGUAUUUAACUUUACCUGUUGUACAUGUGAUUGCAAAUAUUGGAUUAUUUAUGAAGCUUUUUACAUUAGAAUGUACUAAUAUGUACUGUAAUUUCAAUUAAUGUUAUUUAUAUAAUAAAUUAUCCAUUGUAUAUUAGGAUUUAAUAUUAUAUACUGUUAUGUUAAAAAGAACCUUACACCACAAAAUGCAGUGCAAUCUGUAGGCAGCAUGUUAUGGAGCAGGAGAAGCUGAGCAGAUUGAUAUACAGUUUUGUGGGAAAAGAUUAAUUAAAACCUAUAAAGAUUCAUUAAAACCUUUGGGGACAAUUCAUUUUUAUGAAUUUUUUCAGUUGGUCUUUAUUAAAAAUAUUGAGCCGUUCUGUCACAAAAGGUUAGCUUUCUUCUAUUCUGAUUUUCUAUUCUGUGAAUGGUACUUUCACUUUGUGCCGUCAUCUAAUAAACCUUAUCUCUAAAUUACUAAAAGGUCAUAAACACUUAUUUAAGCCACAUUCAUCAGUAAGAUAAGAAUUGAAAUUUAAUGAGUUUAUAAGGUGAGAGAUCACAGAUAAGGAGCCGUCAGCUGAGCUGUCUGACUGAACAGAGUGAAAAUAUAGAUCCUGCUAGAAGAUAAACUCAAAGCUGUGCCGGGAAAAUGGCUCAUCAUUUUUAAUGAAGAUCAAUUGAAAAAAUGAUUUUAGCUAAAAAUAAGUACAACACAUUAAUUUAAAAAAAAAUCGUCACCGAAGGUGUACAUAGCCUUUAAAUCUGUGCUCUUUCUGAGUUCAGUUGUACACCAUGGGGUUGUUCUUUGUGAUUUUAAGCAUUCUUUGAAGCUCAAUCACUAAUAAGACUAACCACUUUGGCAACUGAGCUCAAAAUGAGCAGAUGUUAUAACUUACAAGUUUUACUUUUCCUACAAAACUGUAUUUUUAUCUGCUCAACAUCUCCUGCUCUAUAAUGUGCUGCCUGCAGGUUGCACUACAUUUUAUGGUGACAGGUGUUCUUUAAAUAUUAUUUAUCUUAUGAAUACACUCUUGUUAUUUUUAACAUUUAUCUAAUUAUUUAUUAUAUUUAGAUUAUUUAAUUUAAACCAUUUGCAUCAAAUAAAAGACUUUGA